ACCUGUGACAUAGACCCUGUUGAUAGCAUCUGCCAGUUCCGGGAACCCAAUGUGCCUCACCAACCCAGACACCUCCCCCCAUGUUGGGGUAUUCCCAGUCCUAAUCAUCCACCUGGUGACAACGACCUUCAGCGCUUCCUCAUCAGAGUGCUGUUUGAUAAGAGUGAUACAUGUGAAGUGAAAAACUUUACAUGCCAUGAAUUAAAUUGCUCUGGAUGCAUCAAACAAAAUAUGGAUAUAAACAAAAUGAUGCAAAGAUCUGGAAAAUUUUACAAAUCAAAUUGUUGAUGUGCGUCGGGAGCAAAUUGUACACCUAGAACCAAAAUAUUGCCAAUGUGAAGAAAAUGUUACAGAAUCGGUUGUCUUAACAGGACAAAAUGAAUGUGGGGAAAAAACUGUAAUUAAUAUUGUAGCUUCCUGUGAAGACGUGACUGAAAAUGGAUGACAGUGAGAGUGGUUCAGCUAGUACAGUUGGAGUUGUUGGUGUUGUCAGUGUUCUCUUUGUAGUUCUAAUUCUCUCAGCAUUAUUGCUCAUACAGAGGAAGUGGCUUGAAAACGUUGAAACCGAAGAAUUGAUUGGAAGACCUCGUUAAAUUCAGCCACUAUCGUCUUCUAUAGGAAGUAAAAAUCAUACAGCAUUCACAAUCAACCAGCAAUGUUAUUUGUAGCACUGUCCAGUAAUAG